AUCCCGACAGUUCAGACGUGCGGGCGCGCUGGGUGCUGGGUCGGGCGUAGUCUAAAACUACGCUGCUGCUGGUGGAGGAUUGUGCGUUCCGGGAUGCCGACCACGCGCGCAGUCAGCAGCGGUAGCCAACGGCGGCAGGCAGAGGCGGCCAGCAUCAGCCACGACGCUGCCAGCACCGCGGGCGCGGACGUCACUCCCUCCAGCAGGAACACGACGAUGAAGUCGAAGUUGCACUGCAGGUGGAGGUCGGCGCCGUCACCCGUCGUCGUCCUGAUGGUCGCCGUCGUGCUCGUCGCCGCCACGCUGACGGGCACGAUGGCGCAGCAGCAACAACAACAAGGAGGCGGUCCUCCCGGAGGCGGCCAAGACGGAGGCGGUGGCCCUCCCGGAGGCGGCUUUCCCGGGGGCGGUCAAGAUGGCGGACAACAAGGAGGUGGUCCUCCCGGGGGCGGUCAAGAUGGUGGCCAACAAGGAGGCGGUCAACAAGGAGGUGGCCAACAAGGAGGUGGCCAACAGGGAGGUGGUCAACAGGGAGGCGGCCAGGAUGGUGGCCAGCCAGGCGGAGGCGGUUAGUUUCCACAUAUGCUAUCUGCUGUACUGGCUAUUCUGCGCUAUGAUCGCAA